AUGUCAUAUUUCGGUAAUCUCUGUAAUUAUUGUAGACAAAAGGAAGUUUAUAUUGAUUCCGGACAUCCCACUGAAUUUUGUUCUAACCAAUGUCGAAAAGAUGCUGUAGAAAAACGUCUUGUUGAAGCUUGUGUUGUAUGUCAUAUUUAUCCGAAAGUCAAGUUACAAAAUGGUCAAAGAUCACUUUAUUGUGGAAAACAUUGUCAGGCUAAAGCAAUUAGGACACAGCCCGUACGGACACAAAUACAACCAAUGCAACCAGCAUACCGAGCUGUACCCGUUUCCCCUGUAUCUAAUAUACAAAAUAAAGUUAUGAAUAUACCUCCGCAACCUCCGACAAGACGGCAAAUACAGAUUCCACUUAAUGCACAAUUUCCAAUGAAUCAACCAAUUCCAAUGAAUCAACAAAUUCAAAUGAUGCCACCCACAAAUCAAAGACAAUAUAUGCCUCCUCCUAUAUGCGUUCAAUGUAAACAAAAGCCUUGUUGGAAAGAUCCAAAGACUGGUACAUUUUCAUCUUUUUGUGGAAGGACUUGCAAGGAAAAUGCCACAGGGCCUAGAGGGAUGUCACAAUGCUAUGUUAAUGUAAACCCAACACCGAAUAGUAUACCGACACAGAUGGGUAUCCAACAGCAACAGAUUGCACCAUUAUAUCAAACCACACAAGUAGGUGUUCAACAACCAAUCAUGCCAUUGAAUAUUCAACAAACUACUCCAUUACAGACUGCGCCAUUAAAUGCUUAUCAGUCGCCUCCAGUAAGUAUUCUACAACAACAACAAGCUAAUAUUCAACAACAGCAAGCUAAUAUUCAACAACAAGCCAAUAUUCAACAACAAACCACUCCAGUUAUUAAUCAGCAAGCUACACAAUUUAAUACAUUAAAUGCUCAACAACAAGCCACUCCAGUAAAUGGUCAUCAUAGAAAUUCAAUUGUCCAUCAACGAGCAAUUUCACCAAAUAUCCAUCAGCGAACUACAGUAAAUGCUCAACAACAAACAAAAAAUGUUCGUAAUCGACAAUCCACACAAAUAAAUGCUCGUCAACAAACGUAUCAAGAUGAUUCGUAUCAAGAUGAUUUGUAUCAAGAUGAUGAUUCUUACCAAGAAGAUUCGUAUCAAGAUGAUUCGUAUCACGAUGAUUCGUACCAAGAUGAUUCGUAUCAGAAUGAAUCGUAUCAGGAUGAAGAAUCAUUAGUAGAAGAUCGAUCAAAUUUUAAGAGACCAACAAGUGUUCGUUCUCAAAGUUCGCAAACAUCUGUUUCCUCUCAGGGUUCACAAGCAUCCGCCUCACGUGCAAAUGAAACAUUUGAAGACGAACCGUUAUCACCACCAAUUCUACCUGUUAUGACUAAGCCACCACCGACUCGGCGGGCUUUACCGGAUCCGCCGAAUGAUCCAUAUACGGACAACCCAGAAAUCACGCGUAAUCUAAACUCAGAUCGUAAAAUUACUCGUGAUGAUUCAUUUAAUGACGAUGAUCCAUAUGGGUAG